AUGGCGGCACUUGGCGAUGACAGGCUUCCGCCGGAGAUGGACGACGCAGCUUCCCAGUUCCGCCCGCGGAGACAUGACGAUGACGAUGAGGCUUCAGGAGACGACGAUGUAGAGAGCACAACUAGUGCUCAGGCAGCCGACAACAAGCAUCAUCAGGGUCACUUUGAGGAGGAGAAGGAACUCCCGCCACAUGCUUGCGCGUAUUGCGGAAUUCAUAACCCGAGCAGCGUAGUCAAGUGCCUGGCCUGCAGCAAGUGGUUUUGCAGCGCCCGUGGUAACACUUCAUCCUCCCACAUUGUCAAUCACCUCGUUCGAGCACGCCACAAGGAAGUUCAGUUGCAUCCGGCCUCGUCGCUUGGAGAUACGAUAUUGGAAUGCUACAAUUGCGGAACCAAGAACGUUUUCCUGCUUGGAUUCAUCCCAGCCAAGUCUGACACGGUUGUCGUGUUGCUAUGCCGUCAACCAUGCGCCGCUAUGCCAUCUUCCAAAGAUAUGAACUGGGACACUUCGCGCUGGCAACCAUUGAUUGAAGACCGUUCGUUCUUGCCAUGGUUGGUUGCUGCCCCUUCCGACCAGGAGCAGCUCCGCGCUCGCCACCUUAGUCCGCAGUUGAUUGCUAAGUUGGAAGAGAUGUGGAAGGAAAAUUCCCAAGCGACUUUCUCGGAUUUAGAGAAGGCCACGGCUGUGGACGAUGAGCCAGCACCCGUGCUUCUGCGUUAUGAUGAUGCCUUCCAGUAUCAGAACAUCUUUGGGCCUCUGGUCAAGAUUGAGGCCGACUACGACCGCAAAUUGAAGGAAUCUCAGUCGCAGGAUGGAUUGAUCGUACGCUGGGACCUUGGUCUUAACAACAAGCAUCUGGCUAGCUUCAUUCUGCCCAAGCUUGAACUUGGCGAUGUUAAGUUGGCUGUGGGAGAUGAGAUGCGCCUCAAGUAUACCGGUGAACUGCGGCCCAAGUGGGAAGGUGUUGGAUAUGUCAUCAAGAUUCCCAACAACCAGUCUGAUGAGGUGACGAUCGAGUUGCGAGCAAAGGGUGAUCAUAAGUCUGUGCCUACAGAGUGCACACACAAUUUCACGGCCGACUACGUCUGGAAGUCUACAUCCUUCGAUCGUAUGCAGCUGGCCAUGAAGACUUUUGCCGUGGAUGAGAUGAGUGUCUCCGGUUACAUCUUCCAUCGCCUUCUCGGACACGAAGUCGCCGCCGCGCCGAUGAAGACCCAAAUGCCGAAGAAGUUCAGCGUUCCGGGACUUCCUGAACUAAACGGUAGUCAGAUCAACGCUGUGAAGAGCGUGCUGCAGAGACCUUUGAGUUUGAUUCAGGGACCUCCGGGAACGGGAAAGACUGUCACCUCUGCUACGAUCAUCUACCACCUUGCGAAGAUCAACGGUGGUCAGGUAUUGGUGUGCGCCCCCUCGAACGUUGCGGUCGACCAACUUUGCGAGCGUAUCCACCGAACAGGUCUGAAGACUGUACGUGUGACAGCUAAAUCACGAGAGGAUGUUGAAUCGCCGGUUGGCUUCUUGUCCUUGCAUGAGCAAGUCCGCAUCAACGAUACCAACAUCGAACUCAUCAAGCUCAAUCAGCUCAAGGCCGAGCUUGGAGAAUUGUCCAGUCAAGAUGAGAAGCGACUGAAACAACUAACUCGCUCAGCGGAGCGCGAGAUCCUGAAUAACGCUGACGUUAUCUGCUGUACUUGCGUUGGUGCUGGUGAUCCUCGUCUGGCGAAGCUCAAGUUCCGUACCGUCUUGAUUGACGAAUCGACGCAGUCGGCUGAGCCAGAGUGUAUGAUUCCCUUGGUCCUUGGAUGCAAGCAAGUCGUCCUUGUCGGUGAUCACCAACAGCUGGGACCUGUUAUCAUGAACAAGAAGGCAGCUAAGGCAGGUCUGAACCAGUCACUCUUUGAACGUCUCGUCAUUCUUGGCUGCUCCCCUAUCCGUCUGAACGUUCAGUACCGUAUGCACCCAUGCCUGUCGGAGUUCCCAUCGAACAUGUUUUAUGAAGGUUCUCUACAGAAUGGUAUCUCUUCGUUUGAGCGUCUCCGCCGUGAUGUCGACUUCCCCUGGCCCAUUGCCGAUAACCCUAUGAUGUUCUGGUCGAAUCUGGGUAAUGAGGAGAUUUCGGCCUCAGGAACCUCUUACCUUAACCGCACUGAAGCGACGAACGUGGAAAAAAUUGUCACCCGCUUCUUCAAGGCUGGAGUCCAGCCCCAGGAUAUUGGUAUCAUCACUCCUUAUGAGGGUCAGCGCAGCUACAUUGUUAGCUCCAUGCAAGCUAAUGGCACCUUCAAGAAGGAACACUACAAGGAGAUUGAAGUGGCCUCAGUCGAUGCCUUCCAGGGUCGUGAGAAGGACUUCAUUAUCCUCUCUUGUGUUCGUUCCAACGACCACCAGGGCAUUGGUUUCCUGAGUGACCCUCGCCGUCUCAACGUCGCUCUCACUCGUGCCAAGUAUGGCUUGGCCAUUCUUGGAAACCCUAAGGUCUUGUCGAAGCAUCCUCUGUGGAACUGUCUCCUGCAGCAUUUCAAGGAAAGGCACUGUCUGGUUGAGGGACCCUUGUCUAACCUGCAAGAGUCUUUGAUCCAGUUCAGCCGACCCAAGCAGGCAUACCGGGGUCCUCAACGCUUCCAGAUGGCGUACAACCAUGCCUCUAACGUUACGAGCGGGUUGAUGAAUGGAAGAAACGGUCACCGCAAUGACUUCCAUGACACCGGCUCGGUGGUUGGUUACAUCCCCGAUGAUGUCUCUUCCGUCCACUCCUCUGCCCUCGGUGGGGUUGGCAUUCCUUCUGGGUAUCCUCCCAUGUUCCAAAACUUCGCCGACUCGUGGCCCGCGCUUCCUGGAGCCCGUCGGGCCAAUGGUAACCGAAUGAAGGGAGCACCUAGCAUUGCCGGAGAAUCUGUGGCGGCCACCGAGUCUGAUGUUACUGGAAGCAUCAUUGAUGGGAAGAGCGUCGACCAAGGCGGUGUCAGCCUUGCUGGCUUGAGCAUCAACGAUAUGGGCAAGCAGCCCAGUCUCAGUCAGUCUGAUCGGCUGAAGCGCUACGUGGAAUCCGGUGGCCGGGAGCCUUACAAGCCCGGCGUUCCCGAUAACGGCAGCAUUUUCGGCGGGAGCUCUGCUAGCAUUCGUGUCACUCGUGGUGUGCCAGGCCACAUUCAUGACGACGAUGAUACGCGCAGUGUUUCGACGGCAUUUGCCAGUCAGGUUGGGGGCAACUAUGAUUGA